AACACUGGGCAGAGGCAGCAGAAACACUCACACAUACUGUGUUACAUUUAUUUUGAAAUAACUUCAAUACCUACAAAAAUAUAUCUCAGUGACAAUCUGCUUUAAUAUUUUUCUUCUUUAUCAAUGUCACAAAAGUGAACAAAAGCGUUUUGAAAGGAUUCCUGUUCAGCAUUCUACAAAAAAACAGGAGUACAGCCCUCCUUAACUCGUAGUGGUAUGAACUUGUAUGACACCUAAACAAUAGUGCCUGGCAGAUGUGUAUUGUGUACACUCGAGUUGUGUAGCAAGCUAUUUGGAUGUGGAAACGUUUCAUACAAUCGUCGGGCGCCCACUUUACGAUUGGUGAUAGCUACUAGACGUCAAAUGCGGCAGCGUUUCUUUUGUCCUUUCCAGUCAGUGUCAGCCACGAUCGUCAAAUAAAGGCAAUUUAAAAUAUUGCCCCAACAAUCGCAGCCUCGCGCCUGCUAUGAGAUCACCCUAACAAAAAAUAGUGGGGUAAAGAUGGCUGCAGAGCUCUUUCCCACCAAGAAGCUGGCCCCAGUAUCCUCAACCAAAACAGCUGUGCAGCAAUACCAGCAGCAGAACCUGAAUAACAACACCAUUCACAGCUGCAACUGGCAAGGGCUCUAUCCUACCAUCCGAGAGAGGAAUUCAGUCAUGUUCAACAAUGAGUUGAUGGCAGAUGUUCACUUUGUUGUUGGCCCCCCAGGAGGGACUCAGCGAGUACCUGGGCACAAGUAUGUGCUGGCUGUGGGGAGUAAUGUGUUCCACGCCAUGUUUUACGGUGAACUGGCAGAGGACAAGGAAGAGAUCCGUAUCCCUGAUGUGGAGCCUCCCUCGUUCCUAGCCAUGUUGAAGUACAUCUACUGUGACGAGAUCGACCUGUGUGCUGACACUGUCCUGGCUACGCUCUAUGCCGCCAAGAAGUACAUCGUGCCCCACCUGGCUCGGGCAUGCGUCAACUUCCUGGAGACGAGCCUGAGCGCCAAGAAUGCUUGCGUUCUGCUCUCCCAGAGCUGCCUGUUUGAGGAGCCCGACCUGACGCUGCGCUGCUGGGAGGUGAUCGACGCCCAAGCCGAGCUGGCGCUGCGCUCCGAGGGCUUCACAGACAUCGACUCGGUGACCCUGGAGAGUAUCCUGCGCCGCGAGACGCUCAAUGCCAAGGAGAUGGUGGUGUUCGAGGCAGCAUUGAGCUGGGCUGAGGCCGAAUGCCAGCGCCAGGACCUGACGCCCACCAUUGAGAACAAACGGCUGGCGCUGGGCAAGGCCAUCUAUCUGAUCCGCAUUCCCACCAUGACGCUGGAUGACUUCGCCAACAGUGCGGCACAGUCGGGUGUGCUGACGCUCAACGAGACCAACAACAUCUUCCUGUGGUACACGGCUGCCAAGAAGCCUGAGCUGCUGUUUGCCAGCAAGCUGCGCAAGGGCCUGGCGCCGCAGCGCUGCCACCGUUUCCAGUCGUGCGCCUACCGGAGUAACCAGUGGCGCUACCGCGGCCGCUGCGACAGCAUCCAGUUCGCCGUGGACAAGCGAGUGUUCAUUGCCGGCUUUGGCCUGUAUGGCUCCAGCUGUGGCUCAGCAGAGUACAACGCCAAGAUUGAACUCAAGAGGCAGGGUGUGCCGCUGGGCCAGAGCCUCAUCAAGUACUUUUCAGAUGGCUCCAGCAGCACAUUACCAGUGUGGUUUGAAUACCCUGUGCAGAUCGAGCCCGACACAUUCUACACGGCCAGCGUCGUGCUGGACGGCAACGAGCUCAGCUACUUUGGCCAGGAGGGGAUGACUGAGGUGCAGUGUGGCAAGGUCACCUUCCAGUUCCAGUGCUCCUCGGACAGCACCAACGGGACAGGUGUGCAGGGGGGGCAAAUACCUGAGCUCAUCUUUUACGCUUGAGGUGUCAAAUGUGAGGGAAACAACCCUCCAUCUUUACUGCCACAGUAAAUGCACCCCUCCGGCUGUUCAGAAAGCAUCAGCUCUUAACUAUGGCUUUAAAAGUAUACCUGGUUAGGAAAAAAACAAACAUAUCCAAUUUAUUGUGGUGGUGAUUUAGUUCACUAUACAAUUGCCUUAUGAGUAUGUCGAACCUAGUGUGACUGGGUUGCAGUGACCAAAUAUUUUCUUAUAAAGGAUAGGUCACACCACUUUUCACACAUUUUUGUUCUACUGUUUAUGAAGCACAGUUCUCAUUUAACAAGAUUAUUAGUGUGUUGCAGGUAUCUUUUUUUUUAAACUUUAUUUUUACUUCAAACAUUCCUUUUUUUUAAAGAAAACACUACAACUUGAAAACAAUAUUUCAACCUGUGCAAGAAACUCGACAUUGAUAUAGAGGAUACUUAAUGUAUAUCAAAUAUUUUUGUACUUUGUAACUUGAUAAAUAGUUAAAAAAUUUGAUGGUGCAAUUUCUAAGAUUUUGUAUUGUUAAUAUUGUUACCUCAAUCCAAGUAUCCCCUUGGGUUUUCUGUGAGAUUAAUAAAACUGAGAACAGACAAAAACACAAUGUAAACCUGUGCUAAGGUUUAAGAUACAUGAGUAUGUUGCCAUCUCAGUAUAUAGCUAACUUUUUUUUGCACUACUAUUGGUCCUCUUUUCAAACGGGACAGCCUUUUUGUAUCUUGCUUACAUUAAUUUAGGGUGUUUAAAAAAUAUUAAAAAAUGAAUGAAUCAGUAUGAAUUGUUGAAGAAUGAGAUUCCAAUGAGAAUGUUGCCAUGCGGUGAGGUUGACAGUAUCAAUGGACCAAUGAAUGUGUACUGUUGUUGCAUAUAGAAAAUACAAUUAACCAGUUCUCUAA